CUGUGAAAGGCAAAAUGGCAGCAUCCAUACGAGGCAUUGGAAGAAUUUUAUGCCGUGUGACCCCUUUGCUUUUACAGAAUAUUCGGCAGAAUAAGAGUUUACCUGUCAGGCUUUGGACCCAGGCUGUGUUUCCAGGUGUACAGUCCAGCCUCUCUCUCUGCACUGCAGCCUCACCUGAGAUCCCCAGUGAUGUCGGGGAGGCGCUUGCCCGCUACAAGGACAGACCAUGGGACUACCUGGAGAGCGAAGAGUACAUAGCGCUCUAUGGAACCAGUCCAGUGUGGUCUGACUACAGGAGGAACCACAAAGGAGGGAUUCCUCCUCAGAAGACGCGCAAGACUUGCAUUAGAGGAGACAAGAUAUGUGGGAACCCCUGUCCAAUCUGUCGAGACUCCAAUGUCAUCAUCCACUAUCAGAAUGUGAAGCUACUGCAACAGUUCAUCAGUCCAAAUACAGGCAUUGUCUAUGACUCCACACGGACAGGAGUGUGUCAGAAACAGCAAAAGCAGCUCAAUCAGGCGAUUGGCACUGCAAGAGACCAUGGGCUUCUACCCUUCCAGGUUCCUCAUGUGGACUUCUCAGGAGAGGACUACUCCAACUGCCAUGACGCAGUGGGCUCAACCCCUCCUCCCCCCACCAUUACCUCUGGUGAUCCUUGGUACCGGUGGUACCACACCAUACAGCCAGACGAGACUGAAGUGGCUAAAGUCAAGAAGACCUAUAAGGCAUAUUUGAAAUAGACAAGACCUACCUGAAAUUGAUGAGGAAUUAUGAGGAUUUAAUUAGGUGUUUCUGGAUAAAACACAGUGUCAAAAUAUUCAGAUUAAGACAGUGUUUUUGGACCUUAAGCUAAAUUGCCUUUCAUAUUUCUAGUUUUACCCAAACAAUAUGCUAAAACACGUCACAGAUUAAUUCCAGCCCCUUCUCCCAGGCUACAAUUUAUCAGCUCAGUUACAGUACAUGCACCAUCCACGAGUAAUCUGUCUAAUCUCAUAUCCAUGGUUUUGUAUUUAAAGAGCAAGUGGUACAAUAAAAACAUGUAAGAUGCAAAAUCA